AUGGUUAGGAAUAUCCUACACUUUGCAUGUGGAGUUAUUGUAGGUGGUACAACGGGUUAUUUUUUGCAUCCCCAGGCAAAGAAACUUGAUAAACAUGUAAUAAAAGAACUUAAAUAUACUAGAUCACUAGACCAUGAAUUAAAUAGUCCUAUAAAUAUGUCCAAUAUCUUACUAAAUAAUAAUACAAAGAAAUUGUCAUCAAUUUUAAACAAUUAUCCAUCUUACGUCUUACCUAGUUAUGAUAAUCUGCUUAUACGUGAUACUUACAUAUCUUCUGUAUCCUUUAGAUACAAAAUUCCCAACUGGGUGGCUGAAAAAAUUAAUUUUGAUACAUAUACUGGAGAGGCAGAUAGAAGAUCGUCUGUAUUUCGAGCUGAUCCAGAUGUACCUUUACUGUGGAAUGCAGAAAACAGAGAUUAUUAUUGCAGUGGGUAUAGUCGUGGACAUCUAGCAUCAGCAGGGCAACAUAAAGAUACGGAAGAGAACUUGUCCCAAACAUUCUUAUUAUCAGGUAAUAUUGUACCACAGAAUUUAGCUAACAAUGGUAGCGAUUGGUAUCGAAUAGAACGACUUUCUAGACAUCUGACCUAUUUUUAUGACGAUGUCUAUAUAGUCUCAGGACCUCUUUUUAUUCCUCAAAAUAUGACUAGUGCAGACUUACGAAAACUACGCACAGAUUUUAAUGUGUUAGAAUCCCCUCCCAAAGGAUCUCUAGGUCAGAUAUGCGUACUCCAUGAAGAUGAUUCAAGUGAAACAAAAAAUCAAAAUUACACAGAAUAUAAUAAAGUAAGAAGUGUGACAUUUAAUACUUUAGGGGAUAAAAUGGUGGCUGCCCCAACUCAUCUAUUCAAGGUUAUUAUUGCUGUAAAUCCAAAAUCAGAUGUGCUUACUAGGGGAUCAGUCAAAGUUCCUAAGGAAUUUGAAAUACCUAAAUCUUCAAAUGAAGUGGUGCUAGAUCUUUCAGAAAGUGAUACUACUCAUGGAACUUCUAAUAACAUCACAGCAAAUGGUGACAAUUCUAUCGAGAAUACUAUUCAGGACCAUAAUCUCGUGACAAAAAGAACUAAAUAUAAAAUCCCACCAGUUGUAGUUGGCUCUUUUAUUAUGGCAAAUUGUCCUGCUACAGAAGUUCUACCACUUAAGGAGUAUUUAGUACCAGUAAGGACUAUUGAAAUGCUUAGUGGUCUUAACUUUAGUGGUCUUUUAGAUUUUGCAAAACAAAAAGCUCAGAACUAUUUGAGUCCAGAAGCUUUUGAUAAGGAAGUUGCUAGUAUUAGUCCUGAAACUGCUUAUAGCUCAGCCCUGGGCUUAUGCCAGAUUCAAUGGCACCAAGAGAAAGGUCCUAAUAUAUCAUUGUGUAAUGAAUCAGAUUCACUACGUAUUAUUGGUUGGCGUUAUCUAGGGUAUUUGGAAUUGGCUAAGACAAAAUCUGAAUUAAAUCAGAUCUGGGAAGAAGUUGUGAAAAAAGGGCUUGAUGCAAGCAACUUGUUUUUGAAAAAGGAAUAUGAUUACAGACUUCAAAUGUUAAACAAUAAGGAUUUAGAGACGGGGUCAACAGUGCAAUUGUGA